AUGAAGGAGACCACCAAGCAGAGAUAUCUCUCUCUCUCUCUCUCUCUCUCUCGUUCUUGCACACACAGAGAGUGCUUCUCCUUUAAACAUCCUUUUUUGCUUCACACAGUUCCCAGCUCUACUAGAUAGCUUGCAUCUUGCACGAUUGCUCUUCGAAACAAGGCCCCAAUUUAUUUUUCAUUUGCUAAUCAGAUUGCAGCAACAUUCUGCCCAUCAUAAUAUCUUCCAGUAUACUUUAAUCAUUCGUCAGCUCAGCCCAUUUAUAUAUAUAUAUGCAGAGAAAGAGAGCACCAUUCCGAUUCUCUUUCCAUUUCUACGGAUUUUGAACAGCUAUAUAUGUUACCACUCAAUUUUUAGUGGAACUAUAGAGAUUCACCUAAAUCAUUAAUUCACGUUCUUACACCAGUUUUCACCUUCAUAUCCCUCGAUUCUAAUCUCCCACGGUCUUUUAUGCUUCGCCCAGAUCUUUCAUACUCGACGAACCAGACCAGCCUGAAGAAUGCGUUCUCCUAUUUCGGGAAAAUAGCAGAAGGUAAGAGCUUGUCAUCUCUUCUAUUCAUCAUCAACUCUCCACUUUGCUCAUGGGAUUAUAACCAAACUUCAAUCUCGUUUCUUUACCCCCCUUUCUGGCAGUCAAAAUCGCUAGAGACGAGGACACGAAGAAGCCCAAAGGCUAUGCUUUUGUUCAAUAUUCUUCUCAAGAUGAGGCGGUGCUGGCCCUGGAGCACAUGGACGGGAAGGUGAGGCAUCUCCCUUCAGAUCUUCCUUGUAUUAAGCAAACGCUUGCAGCAUUUCUCCUCUGGGUGUUUAAUUUAUUUUUCUUUUUAAAUCCCUACAAACACCGGGGCUAGCAAUAAUCCCCCAUGUUUUCACAUAACACUGCAAACUCCUCGAAAAAUUUUACUCAAUGUCAGUUGCUCCCUCUGUCUCUGUCUUUGUCUGUCUGUCUGUCUGUCUGUCUCUGUCUCUCUCUCUCUCUCUCUCUCUCUCUCUCUCUCUCUCUCUCUCUCUCUCUCUCGCUAUCUAUCAAUCUAUCUAUCUAUCUGCAAGCGUUUAUUUCUAUAGAUGAGCUUAAUGCAUUUGAUUUAUACGCCCCAACUCACUUAUAGGCACGUUUAUCUAUAAUUCAUCUGUCACAGGGGAGACUUGCUAGAGUUUGAAUGUUCUUCUUGCUGGAGUUACAGGUGUCAUAUUGAAACAUAGGGGCCCGGAAACUUUUUUUAAAAAAAAAAAACUUCCUUUUUCUCUGUGAAUUUUUUACCCCUUGCCGCCGCUCAACUUUCCCUCUUCUCCCCGGCCGGGGCUGUAGAUCAUCGAUGGGAGGGCCAUCUUCGUUGAGAUAGCCAAGCCUUCCUGCAAGAGGAUUUCCUGCUACCCAAUCACUUCGGGCCCUCCCCAGCCGACCCCGAAGAAGCCAAGCAAGUAA